GAGGAGGAGGAGGGAGGAGGAUGAAUUCCGUGGAUGGAGGAGGAGAAGCGGGCCAGGACGGCCUGGCGACGGCAGGUAAAGCAGAGUGUGUUCGGGCUGUGGACGUCCUGACUGUGCUCAGAGAGAAAGUGGCCUUCGUUUCAGGUGGACGGGACAAACACGGCGGACCCAUCCUCACCUUCCCUGCCAGGACCAAUCACGAUCGAAUAAAACAGGAAGACCUCAGCCGAUUGGUCACUUACCUGGCGACCAUACCCAGUGAGGAGGUGAGGUCCCGGGGCUUCACCGUGGUGGUGGACAUGCGUGGCAGUAAAUGGGACAGUGUGAAGCCGGUCCUGAGGACCCUCCAGGAGACCUUCUCCUCCAGGAUCCACUCAGCCCUGCUCAUCAAACCAGACACCUUCUGGCAGAAGCACCGCACCAACCUGGGCAGCGCCAAGCUCUCCUUCGAGACGAGCCUGGUGUCUGUGGAGGGCCUGUCCCGUCUCGUGGACCCCUCCCAGCUGACCUCAGACCUGGGGGGCUCCCUGGACACACGACCACACAGAGGAUAG